AACUAAUCAACUAAUAUCAAAUAGUAUUCGAAAUAACGCCAUAGAAUUUUGAAAAAAAUUUGUGGGUAAGUCGAUGGUCAAUAAUUGUCUUACUUACUUACUUACGCCUAUUACUCCUCAUGGAGGAGCAUAGAAUGUUCACCAGCAUUCUCCAUUCAACUCCAUCCAGGAUAAUCCUUUUCAGUUUAUUCAUGUUGCUAUUGAUCAUUUUCAUGUCCGUUUCCAAUCCCCAAUCUUGGUUUUUGUGAUGAGGUGUCAUAAAUCUUCCUUCAAAUCCCAAGGCGGAGUUUAAAUGGUAGAAAUUGUUUAUUCUGAUUCACCAAUAAUGCUUAAAUCAAUUUUAAUCUUGUCAAUAUUAUCUAUUGUAUUUUCAUUGGUCAAAGUUAAAUGUGCUGUGGCGGCACCUGAAAAUGAAAUGGAACGAUAUCCAUUUAUGCCUUAUGAAUUACCAUAUACACAUGAUGAACUUGAUCAAUAUUAUUAUCCAAAUCUACGUGAUUCAUUAGUUCGACGUCUUAUGAAAAGAAAAUAUUAUAUAUCACAAAGACUUGGUAAAUAAAUUAAUCAUCUAUCUAAUGAAUAACCGAUCAUAUUUGAAUCUAAUAUAGACCGUAUUAUUAAAACAAUAAAUAGAUUAAUUACAUCAUGUUAUCAUUUAAUUCAUAUAGAGAUACAUUUAUCAUUGUAUUAUGAUUAAAAACUGCAAAAUAAAC